AUGACUGGCAUCAGGUUGGUUUUCACAUUGGACGGUACUCUGACCAAUGAGACUUUUCUUGCAGUGAUAGAUACCACUUCCUCUGCAUCUUGUGAAAUGAGAAUUAUUGCGGAGCGCGAAAAAUAUUGGGAAACAAAAGACAAUUUUAAUUUUAGUAUAUUAUGUAAUUAACAACGUAGAAUACUAUACCCUGGCCCAGAUGAUUUUUUAGGUUUGGCGAACGCGAAAUGCGAGAAAACGCGCGAAGAAAAAGGAAAAACCUCUGGUGAAUUUGUUAGCGAUUCCUGGUUCUGAUAAAGAAUGCAAAAAUAUAUAUUUAUAUUCAUUCUCUUUAUUAAUCUUGCAAUAUACAUUCAAUUUAAUCCUGCAAUAUACAUUCAAAAAAUCUGUAUUUUAUAAAUUUAUUAAACACACCUCUUUGGGCCGACGUGAACUUUGUCUGUUAAUACAAAAGCAAGCAAAUUUGUCUUGUAGAUUUCAAAUGAAACCAUUCCUCUCCAUUUCGCAUUUCGAAUAAUAGACUCGGGAUUACAAAAUGCGAAUGUAAACUCUCCAUCUAGUAUUGCUUUCUCGUCCUCUUCGUUUGACAGUGAAGUAUUAGAAGUAACACGGCAUCCACGCUUUCUUAGUUCACGGACGUGAGAGUCAAUGAAAGAGUUCAAUUUGCAAAUGACUAUUAAGAUGGGUUUCUCCAGAAAAUUGUGGCUUUUGCCAAGUCGUCGUGCUGCUCUCGGUGUUAGAACUUUGGAAUAUUAAACUCUUCCCAUAUUAAACCGAUAGCAAGAUGCAAAUACAUUUUUAAUGUGAAUCAAAUUGGACAAGGCGCGGUAUUGAUGCUCCGUUAAACUUUUAAUUCAGGAAAUUUAUCAAUCUAUCUAUUAAUGCAGCCUAUAAAACUGCUUCUUUCAACUUUUGUUCGUUUAUUUAAUAAUAUAGACAUUUCAAAAUUCAAAUGUUUCAAUUCAAUCAAAACACGAAACGCCUGCGAACAGGCUAUGAUGUUUACAAUAUCCAAUCAGAACACGUAGUCUAUCGAACCUAUAGUCAGAAGCCAAUCAACUCUUUGCUUCCAUUUUUGAAAGUUAUGUGUGGAAUGUGAACCCAAAAACUACGCCAAUUUCACCAGAGGGUUAUUCAAAACCGGCGAAAAUAAAUACCCUCUGGUUCCAGGGUAAGAAUACUAUUGUUCUGGUUUGAAUAUUUUUUUAAUUAAUUUGCAGACUUCACAAACUUAUAAUGGUGGUUACUGCACAGCUCAAAAGUUAGGAACUUACAGGAUAGCCAUUCAAUAUUGUGAUGGCAGUAAUUGGUUAACUUUACAGCCACCGGGACCUAAUGAAAAACCAAAAGGUGUUUCAGGUAAAUAACGUAAAUGAAAUUACAAAAGUAUAAUAGUACUACACAGGUUAUAGUUAUUAUAUUUGUGUUGUUUUUGGAAACAGUAAUAUUAAUGUUGUUGGUGAUAACGCACAUACAUAGUACUAAUAAUGUUAAUAUGGGUUGUAUAAUAUGGCAGAGUUAAUGUUAAUAUAAAAAUUGCAGUUAUGGUUAAUUUGCGGUGAUGGAAUUAUUAGUGUACGUAGUGCAAUUUCCUAGUUAUGGUAAAUAGUAAUGUGUAAAUUCUUGUGGUAACGGUAAUGGUAGUGGUGCUGAUGUUUUAAGGUGAUAGAUGAUAGUGGUGUUGAUAAUAUAGUUAUGCAUGGUAGUACUUCCAGUUAAACUGUCCACGCACCAUGGACGUUUUUAACAGUUAUUUUGACUUCCCCAGGCAGAAGUUGUCGUGACAUCUUAAAUAAAGGCCUGAGCCGUGGAGACGGAGAUUAUUUGAUAAAACCAGAUAGCAGCGGUAAAGCAAUUAAAGUUAAAUGUGACAUGUCUUCCUUUGGUGGUGGGUGGACCAUGUGCUACACAACAGAUAGGCAUGUUAAUAUCAAGACUGAGCUUGUCACCAAGCCGUCCACUGGCUAUCGAGCAGAUUGCAACAAUAUACCA